AUGAUUCGCUUUGUAAAACGUCAAUUUCUGAUCUCGGUUAAAAAUCUACAAUUCAUCGAUAGAUGUCCACCACCUCGGUUUGAUACCGGAUGUACAUAUUGUUCACCCCCGGAAUUCCCUCAGGAUAAGCAAAUUGAUUUCACCAAGGAUUUGAAUGGUACCAAGGCUGAUCAUUGGAAACAUUUAUUGGUGGUGUCUUCUGAAACAAAUGUACAAUGGCCAUCUAAAAUCGAAUUAUCACCAGGAUCAUUGGUGGGGGAAUUGACAUCCCUUAAAAGAACACUCGGAUCUCCUUUCCAUCCGGUGAUGGUGUCGAAUGUAGACUUUUCCCCUCAAGAUCUUGGUUUGGAGGCAUCUGAUCUAGACCAUGAUACACAUACCGUGUUGCUCUUCCCAGAACGGAAACUCGUGAGAUUCCCAAGAACUCAUGUUGAAUCAUUUUUCAAGAAAUAUUUAGUUCCUAGUCGGAAUUCAGAUCAAGAACAAGAUGAAUUGGCUGUCCAAUUGCCCUACAAUCCUUUCAAGAAGAUGGAACCUCGCGAGGUUCAUGUAGACACUGCCGAGAUAGUUGACACAAACUUUGAAGAGCUGGACUUCUCGAGGGAACUUGUAGCGAUAUGUGGUCAUGGAUCGAGAGAUAUUCGAUGUGGAGAAUUGGCACCACUUCUCAAGGAUGAAUUCACUCGAGUGAUCAACCAUCAAGGUUUGGAUGUAAGUGUUGGGUAUAUUAGUCAUAUAGGAGGACAUGCUUAUGCUGGGAAUGUGAUUUAUUUUGGUCCUGAUGGCGGAAGAGUAUGGUAUGGUCGAGUAUUCCCUUCCAAAGUUCAAGGAGUCGUUGAGGAAACUUUGAUGAAUGGGAAUGUCAUUAAGGAAUUGUAUCGAGGUGAAGUCCCUUCUUCAUAG